AUAGUAACCCUUAAUAAAUUAAGAAAUUAAGCCUUUAAGAAUGGAAUAUCCGCUUAUUAUAGGAGGAGCAGGAUUUGUUGGAGGAAGUCUUGUAUCACGACUUGUUAAGGAAAAAACGUGUAAAAGAAUAACAGUUUUUGAUUUAAAUAUUGGAGAUAAAGGGUUUACAUCGGUUAAUUAUGUUAAGGGAGAUAUAUGUGAAUAUGAGAAGUUAAGGGAAGUUAUACGUCAGAACCGAUCAGAUGUUAUUUUUCAUAUGGCGAGUCCGAUUCAUGGACUUGGAAAAAAAAUCUAUGAAAAAGUGAAUAUUGAGGGGACGAAACAGGUUAUACGAGCGGCACUUAGUGAGAAUGUGAAGGCUAUUAUAUAUACUAGUAGUGCGGGGGUAGUUUUUAAUGGAAAAGAUUUGAUUAAUGUUGAUGAAACGAUGCCUAUUCCUAGGGGUACUAUGGAUGCUUAUAAUGAGACGAAAGCGGAGGCGGAGCGUUUAAUUCUGGAGGCAAAUGGAAAAAAUGGGUUAAUGACGGUUUCGAUAAGACCGUCAGGAAUUUUUGGUCCAGGAGAUGUGCAACUUAUACCAGGGAUGAUUUCAGUUUUAAAAAAUCGUCAAACAAGAUUUAGAAUUGGAAACAAUAUGAAUCUUUUUGAUUUUACGUAUGUGGAUAAUGUUGUUCAUGCACAUCUUCUUGCGUCUCAAAAGUUAUUUUCACCAGAAGCAACAAAUAUUUCUGGACAAGCAUUUUUUAUAACUAAUGGGGAGCCUAUUUAUUUCUGGGAUUUUCCAUCAACAGUAUGGGCCCAUUUGGGGCAUGUUCCGUCAAAUAUUAUUCAUUUUCCGAGAUAUCUUGGAAUUAUUAUAGCAUUUAUUUUUGAAAUUAUUUCAUUUAUUACUCGAAAAGAACCGAAUUUUACGAGAUUUCGAGUUAAGCUUACUUGUGCGAAUCGUUAUUAUAGCAUAAAUAAGGCAAGGAAACUUUUAGACUAUUAUCCAAUUGUAAAUUUGGAUGAAGGAAUAAAACGUUCAUUAAAGUGGAUUGAGGAUAAAAAAAUGGAUUAGGGUUAAAAUUAUUCAAUA